AUGCAUGGAAUGUCCAAUAUUAACUCUGCUUCAACAAUUCAGGCCCUUAGAAGAGUUUUUGCCACUUUUGGUUUACCUGUUACUUUGGUGUCAGAUAAUGGCAGACAGUUGGUGUUGGAUGAUUUUAAAACUUUCCUAUCAAAAAAUAAUAUUAAGCAUUUAACGAGUCCUCCUUACUCCCCGGCUUCUAAUGAUGCAGCCGAAAAUGCAGUUAGAACAGUUAAAUCAGCUCUUAAAAAAGCUUUAGUCUCGAAUUCCAUUGAAAAUGUUAGUUUAACUUUAUGUAGGUUCCUCUUAGAUUAUAGGGUUACUCCUCAUUGCACAACUGGGGUGAGUCCUGUUGUUUUAAUGUUUGGUAGGGAUUUAAGAACUAGACUGUCUAGUCUUUUACCAGCUUCAGAAAAAUCAAUUUCUAAGAGUAAUUUGGAUAUACAAAAAGUGGGUAAAAGAGUAGAACAGGCCCAGAAUAGGCAAAUUGAAAAUAGUAAACCUAGUAAAAAAAUUAAUUUUGAGAUAAAUGAACCUGUUUUGGUCAAGAAUUAUAAAAUCGUUGAUAAACCUACUUUCAUUAAAGGGGUAAUUAGCAAAAAGUUGGGUAAAAGAACUUACUUAGUUAGAAUACCAGACUUGGAUAGGAAUUGGAAAAGACACUGUAACCAAGUUAAAAAAUAUACCUUAUCUUCGAGUUUAUUACCUAAAAUUCCCAUUAGUUCAGAUUUUGGAGUUUCACCUUCAAGUCCUUCUUUAGAGUUAGAUAAUUAUAAUGAAAAUCCGGAAAAUUUUGUAAAUAAUUCUGUAAAUAUAGAUAGUAGUAUAGAGUUAGAGGGUAAUUUAGCUGUAGAAGAAACCGAAGGUAGUUUUGAAGAAACAAAAAAGGUUUCCAUCGGUUAG